CAAAAAGUGCGAGAAAUACCCUUGAUUCAAUCAAAGUACGAUACCGAGGCUGGAACUGAGAAUAAUAAUUAAAGUCGAACAUCACAAAAAAAAUGGAUUCCAAAAAGCACAACAAGUACUGUUGGGUUUGCUGUGGGAAGGAAACAUCGCUGUCAUGCUCGAAAUGUUUACGUGUUUUCCACGAAAAAUGCAUUGAGAAAUACGAUUGGGUAAUUGUCGGUAACAAAUUUCGGUGUUGGGUGUGUUUUAAGGCACAACAACAUUAUCAAAAGGACAAACAAAGCGAAUUGGACAUGUUACCAGUGGUUAUCGACCAAGUUUGGAAUGACAAACAGUUCGAAUCAAUCAAAGACAUUCUAAGAGAUGGUAUCUAUCCGGGAGCUUCAUCGGGUGUCAUUGUUAAUCCAAUCAGUUUGACAUCAAUCAGUGACAACAUCAAGGCAUACCUGGAUCCAUCAUAA